AUAUAAAACCUGGAACGAACGCGGACAGAAUUUGAAAGUAGAAAAGUUUGGUUAAAAACGAAAGUAGGUAUUAAGAGUCAAAGUUCAUUUAUUUCCAGUGGAUUAGCUGUCCCAAUAUAUAGUCGGGGAUUCCUAUAACUUAUCUGGAUGGAAAACACUGCCUUUGGAUGAAAAUCAGAGGAAAAGAGAAACAAAAUUUAACUUUCAGACAUUGAGAGUGAAACAGCUGCAAUGAUGUUUGAUAAACACCAUGCCCUAAAAGUACUACAGAAAAAGGAGGUGUUAUUUAGUACCAAGCUAAAUCCAGUGGAGAUAUUACCUCAUCUUGUCAGCAUGUCAGAGAUGAGUAAGCAAGAAAUUAAAUGUGAACAGAACAACAAGGGAGAAAGAAUGGCUACGCAACAUUUACUGAAAAGGAUUCGACAACAAGAUAAAUGUUUGAUAGAGUUCAUUAGGGCAUUGAGAGAUCCUGAAAUAUGUCAAACAGAGUUGGCAGACAUGUUAGAUCCUAAUCAUUUACUUGAUACAGAAAAGAGAUGGGAACAGCCAGCAUCAGAUACAAAAGCUACAAAAGUUACAGAGACAACGACACGACCAAUAUGUAAUGGAACAACACCACUUAGACAAGUAACAGAAGCAACAACACCACCUAUAUACAAUGGAGCAACACAACUAAGACAUUUACCAUUUUCAGUGAUGAAAAAACUGCAUAUAUUAGAUUUUGAGGAAAAGUGGAAGGACCUUGCAGACUUUCUUGAUUAUACUGUUGAGGAAGUCCAGUUUCUCCAAACCACGUCAACAAGUUGUACAGAAAAGUUAAUAGCCAACUGGUCUAAUGGGGACAAGCCAGUUCAAGCUACUUUAGAAAACCUUUUCAAAGCUUUAGAUUUCAUGGAAAGGAAAGAUAUCAUGUGUGAUCUAGAAAAAUUAUUAAAAUAUAGAUUCAUAACACAAGAGUCAGAGAAACUAGGACUAAUUUUUGAUCCUGAGGAGCCAUUCGUGGACAUCCAGGAAAGAAAGUCAUGUGACAAUAAAGAAACAGUCUUAUAUCAUAGGACAGAUGUUAGCAUAACACCAACAGAAGUUGGUGAUAUGUUUCAGAGUAUUGAAACAGAUGGAGUAUCGUCUCUAGAAACAAGAUUCAGUACUCAAGAUGAAAGGGAAUUUAAAUCAUUAAGAUCAGUAAAGCAUGCAUCAUCUCAUAUCCCUGAACACAUUCCACAACAAGAGACAGAAAAGCCAAAUGUUCUGAUUCAGAAUGGAGAAUACGAUAAAGAUAUAAGAAUGGAAAAACAGAUCUUCACUGACAAAUCUUCACCUAACACUUACUUCAACACGGAGCCGUUUUCAAUAGAAAACAAUGCUCUUCAAUCAAUUAAUGAGCAAAAAAGUGCAGAUAUUUCUAGAAUAAAUAACACAGAGACAAGUUCUUCAGUACAACAAACAAAAGUUGAAAAUAUCAAUUCUAACAUAGAUGUUGGAAAUAACAAUACCAAAUGUGUCCACAAAAAUAUGGCGGAUAAGGUUAUUGAUUGUGUCAAGAGCAACCCAUUAGUUGUUGGUGCUUCUGUUAUUGGUGGUUUAUCUUUGGGAUUGAUUGCUUAUAGUAGAAAUAGUUAAAUACAGUUUCUUAUAAGAACCAAGCAGUUUAAUGCCUUUAUUCAGAAUAUACCUUCCAUAGGAUAACUGUUUGUUUUACUGGUCUACAUUUUUGAAAAAUUUCUUUGGGUUUUACCAUAUCAUAUAUAUAGACUACAUAAGACACAGUAUCUGAUAAUCAAAGUAUGGAAAAACUAAAAUUAUAGUUACAUGUAUAACCAUGAUAUCAAUUAUGAUGAUUACUGUAAAGUGUUAAUAGAAAUGAUUAAAGAUGUAUACGAAGUGCUUGAUUCAUAUAAGAAACUAUAUUUAACGGUAACAUUUUUAAUUAGAAAUUGAUUUCAGAUAAGGAAAUAAAUUCAAACAAUUUUUAUUGCUAUGUUUUUAAGGUUAGGUUGUAUUUUUUUUGUUAAAUUGUAUUUGAUGGUUUGAAUAGCCAUAUACUGAUUUUUGUUAUGAUUACAGUAUUAAGUAGGUUUCUUUUUGAAACACACAAGGAUUUGUAUAGUAUACUUGACACAUUCCCCAUUUUCAAUUUUAUUAUUAUACAAAUCCUUGGAACACCAAAAACAAUGUUCAUAAAAAAAACCAUAUCAUUGUCAUUUUCAAUUUGUUGGUUACAUAUAUGUUGAAAUGUAUGACCAAGUGCCAUAUAUAUGAAUUAUUAGUCCCAAAAUAAAACCAUCUGUAUUUUGCAGUAGAACCUUUUUUCUAGUGUAAAUUUCUUUCAUAACAACAGAAAAAAAUAUGUCGCAUCAAAUCAUUCAUCAUAUAUUUAACCAGUACUAGCUUAUAAGGUCAGUCAGAGCAAAGUCAGAUAACAUGAUAUUGUUGAAAUGUCUGUAUAAGCCAAAUCAUGAAAGGUCAAUACUUAAUGAGGCAGACCUAGGAUAAAAGUCAUCCCUUUAAAAAUUAACUAUUGUAUGUCAUCCAUUUUCAUAAAUCUGUUCUAAGCUUAUGAGUAAAAGAUUAUUAUAAUUUUGUUUUAAUUGAGUUGUUCAUAAGAAAAAGCAUUGUUGAAACCAGGUGAAAUACAUUACUGAUUUACAGAGUUAUCCCCCUUAACCUAUGAGUUACAACAAUGUUGCCAAUAGAUCAAGGACCAGUUUACAUACCAAUUACUGCUAGCUAGCAUUUUAUAACAUAAAAGAAAUGUUUAAAUAUGGCAUUUUUCAAACAACAUGUUCACUGUAUCUAUGAUAAUUCAGAAUUGUUACAUUUUAUUAACACACAGAUAUAUCAGGGUUCAUGGUUGGUUUUUAUGUCCUACUUAUUAUGCCCCACUUAGAGGCAUUUUGUUUUUUUCAGUUUGUGUAUCUGUUUGGUCUGUCUGUCCUGCUUCAGAUUAAAGUUUUUUGCCAAGGUAGUUUUUGAUGAAGUUGAAGUCCGAUCAACUUACAACUUAGUACACACUUUCCCUAUGAUAUGAUCUUUUUAAUUUUAAUGCCAAAUUUGAGUUUUGACCCCAAUUUAACAGUCCACUGAACAUAGAAAAUGAUGGUUGGGGCAUUCAUUUACAAUUGACACAUUUUUGGUGUUGUUUUUGUUUUGAAUGAGGAUGUUAUUAUUACACAUCAAUUUAUCUGUAUUCCGACAGAAUCGACAAUUGUUAUAACUUGAAAUUUGUAAAAAAAAAAAAAUAUGUAAAUUUAAAAAUUAAGUUUUGUAGUUGUGCAACAUGACUCAUUAUAUUGUAAAAAUAUUCUAUUUAUAUUACACCACAUUCCACCAUCUUGAACAUUCUUAUCAUAUGUAGUUCUGUACUAAAAGUUAUUUUGUUAUUUUUUUUCAAAUGGUUUAAAAUUUAUCUAAUUUAACAUGUGUUCAAAUUUCUGAGUGCUAUCUAUGAUUUAUUAAUUGUAAAUAUAUUGAAUAUUUAAGAAAGGUUUAUGUGAUAAAUUGUAAAUAAGGUGAUUAUUUCAUAAUUGUUGAAAAAUGUGUAGAUGAAGUACUUUGUCAUGUUUGCAAAUCCUUUUGACAAAUGUUUGAAAUCAACAUAUUUGUUCAUUUUGAUAAACCCAUAAUGUAGGUUGCGUUAAUAUUUUUAUACAUCAAAUGUAUAAUAUUAAACAAUAAUUGCAUUAGAUGAAUGUUUCAUUAUAAUGCAUUAUUCUGAUUGGCUAACUGCAAUCUCAUGUUAAUCCUUAAUCAACUUCAUUACACAAUGAAAUUUAUUAUUUAUGAUGACACAAGGUACCACUAUAAAGUGCACAGGUAAAUUAAAUAGAAACUUGAUAAAAAUUGUGUUUUCAUGAUCCUAGCUAAAAAAUGUAAUUAUAAAUAUUGAAUGUUAGUUUCAUCCAUUGGAUUUUUUUUACCAUGUCUUUCAUUUAAGAAAUGUUAUUUAAUCGAUGUUAUUUAUAUGUUUUUCAAUUAUUGUAUUGUCAACUCUUUAGAGUUUAAAUUUGCAUUUCAAAUAAAGUUCAUUACUGUU